CUAGCUACUACCAGAUAAUAUAUGUGAUUUAAGGAAGCGUGACAACUAAUAUUAACCUCCUAUAGGUGUCACAUUUAUAGCAUCUGACUCAGUCACUGACAAAGAACAAGAUGAACACAUGCAGGAAGCUGAUGGCAGAGCAGUUCCUGAGUCAGGCCCUGGGCAUCAUCUGCCUGCUGACCGGAGAGGAAUACACCAUUGUGAAGAAGAGGCUCUCCCACAGCAGCAUUCAACAGCUGAGCGGAGAGGUGCCUAUAAAGUGUGAUGAUGUUGCUGUGUAUUUCUCUAUGGAGGAGUGGGAGUAUAUAGAGGGACACAAGGAGCUUUACAAGGACAUCAUGAUGGAGACUCACCAAGCACUAAGGACUAAGGAGAUCCCAGGAAAUGAGAGCUCAGAACUAACAGGUCACAGAGAUGAAAAUCUAGACACAGGAACACAUAGAGAACUUGUACAGAAUAUUCAGCCAGUGGAGACCCCAUCAGACGUCUCUGCAGAACUAACAGGACACAGUGAUGAAAAUCUAGACACCGGAUCACAUGGGGACCUUGUACAGAAUAUUCAGCCAUCAGAUGUCUCUGCAGAUGUAAACAAUGCUAAAAUUGUAUGUAACACGGAACAAACAGAAGAUCAGUGGCUAAGUAAUAUGCCAGAAGCUGCAGAGCAGGAAAUAUGUGACAAUAUAAGUACAGUUGAAAAAGAUGCUAAGAUUUCAUGUAACACAGAACAAUCAGAAGAUCAGUGGCUAAGUAAUAUGCCAGAAGCGGCAGAGCAGGAAAUAUGUGACAAUAUAAAUACAGGUGAAUUCACAAACCACAAUAAUCCUAGUCAUGAUCAGAGUGCAGAUGCUUCUUUAAAUCUUCAUCAUCAAAGAAGCCAAGUGGGAAAUGUAUGUUCUGAAUGUGGGAAAUAUUUUCUCAAGAAAUCACAUCUUUAUAGACAUCUGAAAGUUCAUAAAGGAGAAAAUCCAUUUUCCUGUUCUAUAUGUGGGACAUGUUUUAACCGUAAAGGGAAUCUUGUUGUUCAUCAGAAAAUUCAUACAGGAGAAAAAAAAAAGUCAUGUUCUGUAUGUGGGAAAUGUUUUACUCGGAAGUCGUAUCUUAUUGUCCAUCAGAAAAUUCAUACAGGAGAGAAAGAAUUUUCAUGUUCUGACUGUGGAAAAUGUUUUACUCAGAAAUCAAAUCUUAUUACGCAUCAGAAAAUUCAUACUGGAGAGAGAGGAUUUUCAUGUUCUGACUGUGGGAAAUGUUUUACUCAGAAAUCAAAUCUUAUUACGCAUCAGAAAAUUCAUACAGGAGAGAGAGCAUUUUCAUGUUCUGACUGUGGGAAAUGUUUUACUCGGAAAUCAUAUCUCAUUGAUCAUCAGAAAAGUCAUACAGGAGAGAGAGCAUUUUCAUGUUCUGAUUGUGGGAAAUGUUUUACUCAGAAAUCAAAUCUUAUUACGCAUCAGAAAAUUCAUACAGGAGAGAGAGCAUUUUCAUGUUCUGACUGUGGGAAAUGUUUUACUCUAAAAUCAUAUCUCAUUGAUCAUCAGAAAAUUCAUACAGGAGAGAGAGCAUUAUUUUCAUGUUCUGAUUGUGGGAAAUGUUUUACUCGGAAACGACAUCUUAUUCGUCAUCAGAAAAUUCAUACAGGAGAGAGAGCAUUUUCAUGUUCUGACUGUGGGAAAUGUUUUACUCGGAAAUCAACUCUUAUUACGCAUCAGAAAAUUCAUACAGGAGAGAGAGCAUUUUCAUGUUCUGACUGUGGGAAAUGUUUUACUCUAAAAUCAUAUCUCAUUGAUCAUCAGAAAAUUCAUACAGGAGAGAGAGCAUUUUCAUGUUCUGAGUGUGGGAAAUGUUUUACUCGGAAACCACAUCUUAUUCGUCAUCAGAAAAUUCAUACAGGAUAGAGAGCAUUUUCAUGUUGUGACUGUGGGAAAUGUUUUACUCGGAAAUCAAAUCUUAUUACGCAUCAGAAAAUUCAUACAGGAGAGAGAGGAUUUUGAUGUUCUGGCUGUGGGAAAUGUUUUACUUGGAAAACACAUCUUAUUAGUCAUCAGAAAAUUCAUACAGGAGAGAGAGCAUUUUCAUGUUCUGGCUGUGGGAAAUGUUUUACUCUAAAGUCAAAUCUUACUAAGCAUCAGAAAAGUCAUAUUAAAGGAAAUAAGAACAUAAACACUUAAAGGACCUCUCAUUGCAGAAGAAUUGCAUAAUAAACAAGUGCAUAAUAAAAAGACAAUGAUUUAACACCUA